AUGGACGGCAUCAAGGGGCGUGGCCAGGUGGUGGUGAUUGCAGCCACUAACCGACCCAACUCCAUUGAUGCAGCCUUGCGCCGCUUCGGCCGAUUCGACCGUGAGUUGGAUAUCGGAGUGCCUGACGACAAUGGCCGGCUGGAGAUUCUGCGAAUUCACACCAAGAACAUGAAGUUGGGCACCGACGUGAAGCUGGAGGAGGUCGCCUCCAACACCCACGGAUUUGUCGGAGCAGACCUGGCGCAGCUUUGCACCGAGGCCGCGCUCACAUGCAUCCGUGAGAAGAUGGACCUCAUCGACUUAGAGGAGGAGACCAUCGAUGCAGAGGUGCUGGACUCCAUGGCAGUGUCUCAAGAGCACUUCAAGUCAGCAAUGGGCACCGUGAAUCCAUCCUCGCUGCGCGAGACAGUAGUAGAAGUGCCGAAUAUCAAGUGGGAUGACAUCGGAGGCUUGGAGGACACCAAGCGGUCUUUGCAGGAAACGAUCUUGUAUCCCAUCGACCACCCGGAGAAGUUCGAAAAGUUCGGCAUGCAGCCUUCUAGAGGUGUGCUGUUCUACGGGCCUCCAGGCUGCGGCAAGACUCUGCUGGCCAAGGCAGUCGCCAGUGAGUGCUCUGCCAAUUUCGUUAGCAUCAAGGGCCCGGAGCUUCUGACCAUGUGGUUCGGCGAGUCUGAGGCCAACGUGCGAGAGGUCUUUGAUAAGGCAAGGGCAGCUGCACCGUGUGUUCUCUUCUUCGACGAGCUGGAUUCGGUAGGCACGGCCCGUGGAUCGAGCCAGGGGGACGCAGGAGGUGCUGGCGAUCGUGUCAUGAACCAGCUGCUGACCGAAAUCGACGGCGUCGGUGCCAAGAAGAACGUGUUCUUCAUCGGUGCCACGAACCGGCCUGAGCUGUUGGACGAGGCCUUGCUGCGUCCAGGCCGACUUGAUCAGCUUGUCUACAUCCCGCUGCCCGACCUGCCUGCACGACAAAGCAUCCUGGAGGCUACUCUCAAAAAGUCGCCCAUCGCACCCAAUGUGCCGCUGUCCUUCAUUGCGCAGAAGACUGAAGGCUUCAGUGGAGCAGAUCUGGCAGAGCUGUGCCAACGAGCUGCAAAGGCAGCGGUGCGCGAUGCCAUUGCAGCUGAUGAGCUGCGAGCAGGCGACGACGAUGCCAUGGACACAACUAUGGGCUCCGAGAUCGGGCGCAAGCACUUCGAGGAGGCCUUUGCAGGUGCACGGCGGUCGGUCGCCGGCUCGGACCUCGCAAAGUACGACCAGUUCAGGAAGAAGUUCGACCCGAUUUACAUGAAUUCAACCGCAGGUGGCGGCACCAGCGGUGUGGUCAUCAACUGGCCGGACGACGUGGGAAUUGGAGCCAGUGCUGCAGCUGCGGACGAUGACGACGACCUCUAUGGCUGA